UCUCUGUGAAGGUAGUUUCAAGUUGAGACUUCUAGAGAACUGAAAAUAGGUGUAGACAAAAAAAUGUGACAAGACAAGUCAUUUGCCUCUGUACUCGCUAUAUUGCACAGAAAAUGGCACAUUUGUAUCCACAGGUUCUGUUAGCUCUGUUAAUAGUCAUAUCAGAAUGCAGAGGCAACUCUCCAGAGAGUGUAUCUGCUUCUCAAGAAGAAGAUGCAGUUCUCCGUUGUUUUAAUUCUACUGAAAUCGAUCCAAAUAGCUGCUACAGAGUCAGAUUGAUAAAAUAUGCUACAGAUGGUACUGAGGAGAAGGUUAUCUUUGCCUGGCCUAAAAAACUCCAGAAUGGUAAUCAUGUAAAAUGGGGAGUUGAUGAGGAUGGAAAGAUGUGUCUCUCUAUGACAAAGCCACAAAAAUGUGAUGAAGGACUGUAUGGCUGUGAAAUCUAUCAAGGAUGGGACUGUACUGUGGUACAUAAUAUAUCUUUGAAAGUCAAAGAUUGCAAAACCAUCCAAGGAGUGAAGGCAGCACCUGGCACCUUAGUUGAACUGAACUGCCCAGUGCAGAUAAUGGCAGCACAAAACAUCUCCUGGGCAAUGCUGAAAGGAGGCAACCCUGUGUCUAUCACCUCUACAAUGUUUAAAAUGAAUGACACGUUACUGGCCAUCCAUUCAGUGAAUGUCAGUGACAGCGGCUGGUACAGAUGUAUGUACAUGCUCGAGCAAACUCAGCACUGCUUUGACAUCAAUCUACUUGUCCAAGUGGAAAGUGUCAAACCCACCACUACCGGAACACAAACUCAGCAAGUGCUGACAACCACUGAGAAUGUAGUGGGACCCAGUGGCGCAUUUAUCACAACUGUGGUCUCGGUCGUUUUGGGGACUCUAAUAGUCGCUGUGCUUACAGGACUGUUCAUUUACUGCAGAUGUAACACACACAGAGUCAGGCAGCAAACCCAGAGGGACCCAGCAGGUGUUGUGCAGUUGUUUGAUGGUUACGAGACUGUGGAUGGUGUACUAUCAGAGGAUUUUUUAACUCGCAGAAACAAUACCCUGUACCAAGAUGAUGGCAGCAUUAGUACUUUCAGAUAUUAGUAUUUUUAGACCAAUCAAGACAAAGAAGAUGAUUUUCCAUGUGAAAUAAAACUACUUUACUGUCUCCUCUGGAUUUCCUGCUUAUGUUUAUGCAUUAUGCAAAAAUAUGUGACAUCUACUAAACUGUUAAGUGUUUGUCUUGAGAGAAAGCAUGACUGUGGCCUUAUUACUCAGUUUGUAUUCACAUAUCUAAUCAGCUCUAUUAUUUUAAAUUAAACAGACAUUGUUAACAGAUGUGUUAAUUGAUCAUAAGAUGUAGUCAUA